AAUUUCGCUAAUCGUGACAUCAUCUCCGUGCGUCGUUACGAUGCCUGCCAGAACCCGCAUUUUUAUUUGGUGAAGGUGACAAAAAAUGAACUGACCCAUCCCGUCCCACUUUGAUCUUAUUCUUCCACUCUGAACACGUUUACAUUUUGGGUAAUAAAGCGGGGGCGGAAAAGGAAAACCACCGGAGCUUGCAGCUGCGACCAGCAGGAAUGACUCGGCGCCGCCGCCAGCCGCGUUACCCGACGUGCCCCGCGCGGCGCAGGCGGAGGGACGUGGGGGGAGGGGCGGGGAGGAGAAAGCGGCGGCGGCCGCGGGUGUCGCUGUUAACCAGCGGCGUCUGAACACGACGGCUGCCGAGCGCCUGAACCGGACCUGCGCCAGAGCCCAUACCCAGCUCCGCGGCCCCUCGCCCGCCAGGGCGGCCUUGCGCCCGUUGCCACUGAGGCGGCGUGCUCUGCGUUUCCCGCUGUCCAGGCCGGUCGGCUGUGGCGUUUCCUGGCUCCCUCUCGCUCGCCCGCUUCCUCCCUGCUCUCCUGAGUCACCGCCGCCAUGGCCGAGAGUGGUGAAAGCGGCGGCCCUCCGGGCUCCCAGGACAGUGCCGCCGCACCCGAAGGUGCCGGCGCCCCGGCGGCCGCUGCCUCGGUAGAGCCCAAGAUCAUGAAAGUCACCGUGAAGACCCCGAAGGAGAAGGAGGAAUUCGCUGUGCCUGAGAACAGCUCCGUCCAGCAGUUUAAGGAAGAAAUCUCUAAACGUUUCAAAUCUCAUACCGACCAACUUGUGUUGAUAUUUGCGGGAAAAAUUUUGAAAGAUCAAGAUACUUUGAGUCAGCAUGGAAUUCAUGAUGGGCUUACUGUUCACCUUGUCAUCAAAACACAAAACAGGCCUCAGGAUCAUUCAGCUCAGCAAACAAAUACCACUGGAAGCAAUGUUACCACAUCAUCAGCUCCUAAUAGUAACUCUACAUCUGGUUCUGCCACCAGCAGUCCUUUUGGUUUAGGUGGCCUUGGAGGGCUUGCAGGUCUGAGUAGCUUGGGUUUGAAUACAUCCAACUUCUCUGAACUACAGAGCCAGAUGCAGCGGCAACUUAUGUCCAACCCUGAAAUGAUGGUCCAGAUCAUGGAAAAUCCCUUUGUCCAGAGCAUGCUGUCAAAUCCUGACCUGAUGAGGCAGUUAAUUAUGGCCAAUCCACAAAUGCAGCAGUUGAUACAGAGAAAUCCAGAAAUUAGUCACAUGUUAAAUAAUCCAGAUAUAAUGAGACAAACACUGGAACUUGCCAGGAAUCCAGCAAUGAUGCAGGAAAUGAUGAGAAACCAGGACCGAGCCUUGAGCAACCUGGAAAGCAUCCCAGGGGGAUACAAUGCCUUACGGCGCAUGUACACUGAUAUCCAAGAGCCGAUGCUGAGUGCUGCGCAAGAGCAGUUUGGUGGUAAUCCAUUUGCUUCCUUAGUGAGCAAUACAUCCUCAGGUGAAGGUAGUCAACCUUCCCGUACAGAAAAUAGAGAUCCGUUACCCAAUCCAUGGGCUCCACAGGCUUCCCAGACUUCGUCAGCUUCCAGUGGCACCACCAGCACUGUGGGUGGCACUGGUGGUAGUGCUGCCAGUGGCACUGCUGGGCAGAGUACUACUGCACCCAGUUUGGGGCCUGGAGUAGGAGCUAGUAUGUUCAACACUCCAGGAAUGCAGAGUUUGUUGCAACAAAUAACCGAAAACCCACAACUCAUGCAGAAUAUGUUGUCUGCCCCCUACAUGAGAAGCAUGAUGCAGUCACUAAGUCAGAACCCUGAUCUUGCUGCACAGAUGAUGCUGAAUAAUCCCCUAUUUGCUGGAAACCCUCAGCUUCAAGAACAAAUGAGACAACAACUCCCAACUUUCCUUCAACAAAUGCAGAACCCUGAUACACUGUCAGCAAUGUCAAACCCUAGAGCAAUGCAGGCCUUGUUACAGAUUCAGCAGGGUUUACAGACAUUAGCAACUGAAGCCCCCGGCCUCAUCCCAGGGUUUACUCCUGGCCUGGGGGCGUUAAGCACUGGAGGCUCUUCUGGAACGAAUGGGUCUAGCUCUGCACCUAGUGAAAACACGAGUCCCAGCGCAGGAACCACUGAAACCGGACACCAGCAGUUUAUUCAGCAGAUGCUGCAGGCACUUGCUGGAGUAAAUCCUCAGCUACAGAAUCCAGAAGUCAGAUUUCAACAACAACUGGAACAGCUCAGUGCAAUGGGAUUUUUGAACCGUGAAGCAAACUUGCAAGCGCUGAUAGCGACAGGAGGUGAUAUCAAUGCGGCUAUUGAAAGGUUACUGGGCUCCCAGCCUUCAUAGCAGCAUUUCUGUAACUUGAAAAAAAUGUAAUUUAUUUUUGAUAACGGCUCUUAAAUCUUUAAAAUACCUGCUUUAUUUCAUUUUGAAACUUGGAAUUCUGUGCUAUUAUAAACGAACCCAAUGUGAUGCAUUUUAAGGUGGGAGUACAAUAAGACGUGUGGAUUUUUCUGUUUUUUAUUUUAUUUUUUGACCAGUGGGAAUCAAUGCUUUUUCAUUUAAGGCUAUUGCAUGCAUCAAACACUUCUGCAUUUAUUGUAAUUUUUAAAAAAAUCUGACAGAUACCACCUUUUAUAGUUGGGUGAACAGAUUUUGUCCUGCAUCUGUCCAGUUUAUUUGCUUUUUAAACAUUAGCCUAUGGUAGUAAUUUAUGUAGAAUAAAAGCGUUAAAAAGAAGCAAAUCAUUUGCACUCUAUAAUUUGUGGUACAUUUGCUUAUUGUGACUUCGGCAUGUAUUUUUGCAAACAAAAUGCUGUAAGAUUUAUACUAUUGACAGGUUAUUUUCUUUGUGGGUUUUGUGUUGUUUUUUGUAUACAGUAUAAUAUUCACAUUUGGGACUGCAUUUCUAAAAACUUAUUGCAGUAGGUUAUCUGAGCAAAACACUGGUAGCCAAAAAAAGGAAAGAUAAAGAAAUACUCUUUAAGCUGAGUAUUAAUCUAAUUGUAUGGACUCUUACAGCAUCUUUGAUAAACAUCUCUCCGCAACAGUGCUGGUUAGUCAGGUUUGUUGAAAAUAUAGUAGAAAAGCUGAUUCUGAUUAUCUCUUUAAGGACAUUUAAUUGUACAGAAAACAUAAUGUAACAUUGCAAUAUUCACAGAUUGACUGUAAAUUACCUUAAUCUUUGUACAGAUUGAAGAAACACUGUAGUAUACCCAAAAGUGCAUUUGCCUAGAACUUUUCCAACUUCUCCCAUAGAUAGUUUAGCAGGCAUUAGAUUACAAUUUGUAAUUGAAAUGCUGCUUUCACUGAAAAUGUUGUGAUGUUUCAGUUAUUUUUAAUCACCAUAUAAAUAAUAGAACUAUCUUUUGGGUUUAUCAGUUUUUCAUGCAGAGGCAAUGUGAGUUUAAAAAUGAUUUGUGACCACUUGUUUCUGAAGUGUUCUGGUAGUUCUCCUAAGAAAUAGUUAAAUAUAGUGCUUUUCAGAGCCUCUGAGAAGGGAUAUUUUGGGGGAGAAUCUAUCCUGGAUUGGGCCAGUCUAAAUAAUACUGGCAAACAACAUUCUGUUAGGAUUUCUGUGCAUAUAGUGUAGUAAAGAAGUAUCAGUCGGGAUGAAAAACAAAGAGCCGUGUUAACAAUGUUGAGUAAUAUUUGGCUGUUCUACAGCCUUUUUUCUCCUCCAAAGAAGUUCUGUUUACCUAACUCUCAAACUGUUGGGGUGGUACAUUCCUUUAGGACCAAUUAAAAUGUAACUUUGGGGUCAGUAGUAUACUUGGCUGACUCUGGUUCAGUAUUCUCUUAGAUCAUUAUAUUCUCUCAUGUACAGGACGUGAAAUGUUAAUAUGAGUUGAGAUCAAUAAAAUCAAGGGAUAUACAAGUUUUGAAUUCCAUUACUUCUGUAAGUUGCUUGCUAUUAAAAAAGGUCAUGAGGCCAUGUUACCUACUGGUCCAUGCACUGUUCUGACACUUUCCUUAGGAGGGAAGCAUGUACAAAGGUCAUUAUGGAGGCAUGACGAAAGUUGUUAAGGAUGAUGUUCACAUAUCUUUGCUCUUCUCUGCCUUAUGCCUCAGUCUGGUUUAAAAACUUUUGUACUAGCGAAUGGUGGUAUAGAGAAUGGGAUAGUGUCGUAACUAAUUUGAUGAUUUAUUAAUCGCAAAAUAACAAUAAACCUCUAGCUUUUACACUUG